CGUCCGUUUUUCUUACCGAUCUCUCUCUCUCUCUCUCUAUCUAUCUAUCUUCUCCGACAUUUGGAUCUCAUAGCUUCUGCUUCCGCCGGUCAUGGCGUCGCAGGAGAAAGGUCGUCCACUGCCCAAGUUCGGAGAGUGGGAUGUAAAUAAUCCUGCUUCGGCUGAAGGUUUUACUGUCAUAUUCAACAAAGCUCGGGACGAAAGGAAGACACCUAUCGUUAACUCCGGUGCCCCAGCUUCACCAAGAAGAAAUGAUGUAGGUGGUCUGAAUCCAGAUCCCACCUAUCAAUAUCCAAGAAAGAGUAGUAAAUGGUUUUGCUGUGGCUGAGUGCUGGAGCUGGAGCAACAAGAGACUUGGUGCUGUAAUCUCAUGGCUAAAAAGACGAGGGCGGCCGAUGUCAGCGUGUAGCUGCUUCCUGUAACAGUGCUACCAUGUCUCAUUCUCCUUAUAUAUAUGUGUGUUACAUAUAAACAAAAGAGGAGUGAUGGAUGGAGACCAUUUUUCUUUUCUGGUGACACUGUUUAGCUUUGUUAUAACUGUGUGAUCUAAGUGGGAGGAUAAUGAUAUAGAUGCGCAACAAUCAUGUUCAGCUUGUCCUUGCUCCAUCCACAAGAAGCUAAGAGAAGAAGCUAUACAUCAGCCUGUAGAUCGACACCAGUGUUUAAUAAUACAAAGAAAUGGUUUGUUUGUGAUA